UCUCUGAAAUCCGUUAGAGAUUUAAUACAGUCGUGUGAACAAGCAUAUACAGAACUUUCGCGCAAGUAUGUUGAGUAUCUCAGAACAACAAACAGUACUCUGUAAAGCAAAUUUGAUUUCAAAAAGAAUAGACUCUUUAUUGAAUCCCCCACCACCUUCCACUUCACAUAGUCGUUCCUCUAGCAGGAAUUUUGUGAAAUCAAACAUUAGCCUUUUAGAACGGAAGGAAGCAGAGCUACGUGCAGCUGUCGUGAAGAAGAAAUUUCUUGCGGAAGAAGCUAACAUUAUUCGCCAGAAAGCGGAACUGGAAACAAAGCUGAAGGCGAUCAAAAUUGAAGAGGAGAUAGAAUCCAAACAGGCGGAAGUUAGUGCUCUUAAAGAGCACAGUCCUGAACUCAACCUCCCAUCAGACGACGCUUUCUCACGCACACAGCAAUACGUGGAAAGUUUGCCGAAAGGACAACGUCGGGGGUCAUAUCUUCCGACCUUCCCACCGACUAUCACCCCACCUUUGCAAGUGCAACCUACCAGACUGUUCAAUGAACCACAAAGACAGCCAAAUACUCAGACUGCGUACUCUCUGCCAGAGCUGCCAGAGUUCUCUUUGUCACCUCUACCUGUGAUACUACCAAAUGAAACUACUCAACACGUUUACGUGAACAGUGACAAUCAGCCUAGCGCUCCGAUUGAGACCCACAUUGAAAACACUCCUAUGAACCCAACACAUAGGGAACCAAUUAUGGACAUGACAAAGUUCCUUCUGAAAAAGGAUCUCAUCCUAUCAAGAAUUACAAAGUAUGAUGACAAUCCAAGUUUAUUCCUUACCUGGAAACUUACCUUUAGGAACAUCAUGGAGGACCUGAGUGUAACCCCGUCGGAGGAACUUGACAUGCUUGUACGAUAUCUCGGCAAUGAAUCCUCAAGACAGGCAGCAACCAUAAGGAAAUGUAAUGCCAACGACCCGGAAACCGCCCUGAGAUUAGUGUGGGAGAGGCUUGAAGAGAGAUAUGGGGCACCCGAGUUGAUAGAAAGUUCUCUCAGACGUCAGAUUUCAUCGUUUCCAAAGAUUGGGAAUCAGGACAUGAAAAGACUCUACAAUCUUCUGGAUUUAGUGGAAGAAAUAGCUUCAGUUAAACGACAGUCCCAGUAUGCAUCCCUUUUUGGAUACUUUGAUUCUCCCACUGGCAUAAAUCCGAUUGUUACAAAACUUCCUACAUCACUACAAGACAAAUGGACUGCCGAAGCGACAAAGUACAAGAAGCGUGAGUCAGCCAUAUAUCCGCCAUUCACCUUCUUCAUCAACUUCUUGAAGGACAUGGCUCGGAUGAAGAAUGAUCCAAGUUUUAACUACUCAUGUUCUGAUGGUGAGAAGCCCUAUGUGAACCAUCCAAAGAAUUUCCAGAAAACAACAGUAGUUGCUGCCAGGAAAACUGAAACACAGAGUUCUUCUAAUCAUGUUUUGACUGAAAACAAUGACUUGGCUCGGUGCACUCUUCACAACUCGAAUCAUACCUUGAAUGAAUGUAACAAGUUCCGGUCCAAGACUUUUGAAGAAAGAAAGAAGUUUAUCAUGGCUAACGGAAUCUGCCUCAAGUGUUGUGGACCUAACAAACAUUACGCUAAAAACUGCACGUCUUUGGUAAGGUGCGGCUUGUGUAAUCAGUCCUCUCAUCCAACAGCACUUCAUACUGACAAUUCGAGUCCUCAGAAUCACAAGAGAAGAGAAGAUCAUGGAGGGGAGAAAAACCAUGAAGGGGAGCAACGUCGACAAACAGUCACAAUUUCUUGCACCAAAAUAUGUGGGACAGUAAGAGGGACAAGUAAAUCUUGUGCAAAAAUUCUGCCAGUGAAAAUAUACCAUAAGGACUCUGCCAGUCACUUCAGAAUUGUUUAUGCUAUGUUGGAUGAUCAGAGCAAUCAUUCCCUAGCAGCACCCUCACUCCUUGAUGCAUUCAAUGUUGGCGGACCUGAGUAUGAGUACACUUUAACAUCUUGUUCAGGUUCAGUUAUGUCAGCAGGAAGAAGGGCUCAAGGACUCGUCAAGGAAGCCCUUGAUGGCAGUAGUUCCUUUGAUCUCCCCACAUUAAUCGAAUGCUCGGAUUUACCUAACAACAGGGAGGAGAUACCUUCACCUCGUAUAGCUGAACAAUAUUCCCAUCUAACAGAUAUCAAAGACAGCAUCCCAGAGUUGAUUGAGACUGCUGAGAUCGAGCUACUGAUUGGACGAGAUCUCACUUCAGCUCAUGUAGUAGAGGACCAAAGACAUGUGACAGGAUGGUCUGUUCCCUUCGCUCAGAAACUUCCCCUAGGCUGGGUAAUUAUUGGGCCCAUUUGUCUAGAUGCCAUUCAUAUGCCCCAUAAAGUGACAGUACAUAAAACAUGUGUUAAGCAGUGGCCGUCCUUCAGUAUUCCAGCCUUGUGAUAGCAAGCUACUGGUUAAGGACAGUAUCUUUUUAAAGACAGAUCAUGAUGAGAAAGUUGCCCCCUCAAUAGAAGACACAGCCUUUCUUGACAUUAUGGACAAAGAAUUCAAAAGAGAUUCAGAUGGUUAUUGGGAGGCACCUCUUCCGUUCCGGAACCAAAGGCAGCCAUUACCAAACAAUAAACCACAGGCCAUCAAUCGAGCGCUGUCUCUUGAUCGAAGUAUGAAACAGAACCCUACAAAGAGAGAACAUGUGUCAAAGUUCAUGGACAAAAUAUUUGAGAAGGGGCAUGCAGAGGAAGCGCCACCUUUACCCGAUACCAAAGAAAGAUGGUACCUUCCUAUGUUCGGUGUUUAUCACCCGCAGAAAAGGGAUUCCAUACGAAUGGUGUUUGACUCGUCUGCGAAGUUCAGCAACAUCUCGCUCAAUGAUGUCCUUCUUAAAGGUCCAGACAUUACGAACAAUCGCCAAGGCAUCUUACGUUUUCGACGUGAGA